AUGGGUACGGAGGAGAUGGAUGGAUGGGCAGAACAGAUACAUGGAGAGAUGGACAGGAGAGAGAGGUGUGAUGCUGCCCGUCCAUCCGUCCAUCCGUCCAUCUGUCUCUCCAUCCAUCCUUCGCCCGAUUGGCCCUCCGCUGGUUCCAUCCCAAUCCGGCCAUUCAGAAUCCGUUGCCGGGCGCCGGGGCAGCCAGAGGAGAGGAGCAGCAAGGGACUCGCUGGCCAUGGUGCUGGAGCUGUACCUCGACCUGCUCUCGCAGCCCUGCCGGGCCGUCUACCUCUUCGCCAAGAAGAACAACAUCCCCUUCAUGAUGAAGAGCAUCGAGAUGCUGAAAGGCCAAGUCUUCAGCGAGGAGUUUAACAAGAUCAACAUCUUGAGGAAAGUCCCGGUUCUGAAAGACGGCGAUUUCACCCUGGAAGAGAGCACCGCCAUCUUGCUCUACCUGACCCGCAAAUACAACACGCCCAGCCACUGGUACCCGCCAGACAUGAAGAAACGGGCCCGGGUGGACGAGUUCUUGGCCUGGCAGCACUCGAACCUGCGCCCCUGCGCCUCCAAGAUCCUGUGGCUGAGGGUGGUGAUCCCGCUCUUCCUGGGCCAGCAGGUCCCCUCCGAGAAAGUCCAGGACGCGCUGGAGGAGCUGAACAUCGCCCUCCAGAAGCUGGAGGAGAAGUUCCUUCAGGACCGGCCCUUCAUGAUCGGGAACGAGAUCUCCCUGGCUGACCUGGUGGCCGUCGUGGAGCUCAUGCAGCCGGUGGGCGCGGGAUGGGAUUCGUUCGAGGGCCGCCCGCGGCUGCAGGAGUGGCGCAAGCGCGUGGAGCUGACCCUGGGGAAGGAGCUCUUCCUGGAGGCGCACGGGCGCAUCCUCAACGCCCAGGAGCUGCGCAACAUCGCCAUCGCGCUCAAGGCCCAGAUGAAGCCCAUGCUGCUCAAGAUGCUCAAGUAGACCACCAGCACCACACGCACACCAACGGGCAGCGCCGCCUUCCGCCAUUCCUUCCUUGCGCCCCCCCCCCCCUGGUCGCCCUCCCUUUGAAUCCCAAUGGGAGGCCACAAAGGCAUUCUGGGAAUAAAACAGUGGAGACAUUAUGCCAAUGACAUGUGCAGAGACCAUAUAUCUAUCUAUAUAAAAGAGUGAUGGCAUCACGGCGACCCACAAAACAACAAAUCUACAGGCCCCCCAACCUCCAAGUUUGACAACACAACCCAUCAUCCACACCUCUAGGUUGAUACAACAAAAAGAAAAGAAAAAUAAAGUCCUAAUUAGCGAGA